AAUACCUUACAUUUGAUACUAUCAAUACAAUGAAUAUGAUUUCUGUUCAUCCUUUGGAUCCACCAAUGAAGACCAAUGCCACUUAUCAAUCAACAUCAUCAGUACCAACAGUCAAAGAAACCGCAGCUUCCAAACAUUUACGAGGCUACAAUUUACCAAUGCAAUUUUUUACGCGAUAUACGAUUGGGGAAGAACUUGGAAGUGGAGGAUUUGGGUUUGUGAUAUCAGUCAAGGAACGUAGUACAGGUCAAGAACGUGCCGUCAAAUUUAUUUUCAAGAACAAAGUACCCUCAUCAGCAUGGGUGAAUCAUAAUGGUCAAACAUUACCAAUGGAGAUCUAUGUUCUCAAGUACAUUCAACAUGACAACAUAGUCGGUUAUGUCGAUAGCUUUGAAGACGAUGUAUACUUUUAUUUAGUAAUGGAAUUACAUGGAUCACAAUGGAAUCAACCUCCUUCAACAACUACUCCUACCCAUAUUCCAGGUUUAUCUCAUACUUCUGAACCUUCUGAUGAUGAUGAUGAAGAAGAAGAAGUAGGACAAGCAGAUGUAGUAUCUCAAGGUUAUCAAUUAUCAUCAUCAUCUUCUUCUUCUUCUACUUCCAAUCCUUCAAUGACAAUACCUUUUAUUGGACGACGUGGAUCUUGUGAUUUAUUUGAAUGCAUUGAACAACAUCGUACUUUUGAUGAAUCUUUGGCAAAGUAUAUUUUUCGACAAAUUGUGGAUUGUGUGGCUCAUUUGGACAAGUUGGGAAUCUGUCAUCGUGAUUUGAAAGAUGAGAAUAUAGUGAUUGACAGUGAUUAUAAGGUGAAAUUAAUUGAUUUUGGAUCAGCCGUAGCAUUACCACGCCACUAUCAAAAUGAACAACAAAAGUCUAAGAGAAGAACAGUGGUGUUACAUCGAAAAUUUUAUGGUACCAUUGCUUUUGCUUCUCCUGAAAUCUUACGCAUGGAACCUUAUCAAGCUGAACCUGCGGAAGUAUGGUCUUUGGGUGUACUCCUAUAUACAUUGGUUUUUGGUGAAGUUCCAUUCUCAAAUCCUCGUAUGGCAUUGGCCGCUCAGUUUCAUCCUCCGACAAAGAUCAAGGUUUCUUCCAAAUGUCUACAUCUCAUCUCUUGCCUCCUUGAAAAGUCUCCACACGGACGUCCAACUAUUCAUCAAGUACUGACCCAUCCCUGGUUACGACAACAAUAGUUUUUUUUUUUCAUUCCUUAUCCAUU